CGUGUCCUUUCCGGGGUACAACCCACUGGCACGUUACAUUUGGGCAACUAUUUAGGGGCCAUUCGACAAUGGGUCGAUUUCCAAAAUGCCCCAGACACGCAAGACGAAGAAGGGAAUGUAAUCCAAACUGAAAACUUCUUUUGCGUCGUCGAUUUGCACGCCAUUACGAUGCCCCACAAUCCCCAGGACUUGGGUGAGUCCACCCUGUCCAGUGCCGCCUUGUAUUUAGCGGCCGGUAUUGAUCCUACAAAAAGUAAAGUGUUUGUCCAGUCUCACGUUCCGCAGCAUGCCGAACUUGCUUGGUUGCUCAUGUGCAUCACCCCCAUGAACUGGUUGGAGCGCAUGAUUCAGUUCAAAGACAAGGCCAAAAAACAGGGCGAAUCGGUCGGCACCGGCUUGUUUACGUACCCAAGUCUCAUGGCGGCCGAUAUUCUCUUGUACCAAGCCGACAAAAUUCCGGUCGGUGAAGACCAGCGGCAGCAUUUGGAACUCGCUCGCGAUACCACGCGUCGCUUUCAUGAUUUAUUUUGCAAGGGCAAUCCCUACAAGAAGCGCUGCAAGGCGGCCGGCAUCCCUUCCCGCCCCGUCUUUGUCGAACCUGAAGCCAUGAUUGUCAAGGAAGGGGCUCGCGUGAUGAGUUUGCAGGACGGUACCUCCAAAAUGUCCAAAUCGGACGUGAACGACGGCAGUCGCAUCAACGUUCUGGAUCCUCCUGACGUCAUUCGAGAAAAGGUCAAGCGAUGCAAAACGGAUGCAAUCAAAGGCAUCGAAUGGGACAAUCCGGAACGACCAGAAGCUACCAAUCUAUUGAACAUUUUUGCCGCCGUUCAACCGGAUCGCACCCGCGACGAUAUAUUGGCACAAGUCCGAGACCUCACCUGGGGCGAUUUCAAGCCCAUCUUGGCCGACGCGAUUGUCAAUCACCUGGAACCGAUUCAGAAGCGGUAUCACGCCGUACGUGCCGACGAAGAAUACCUGCAAGCUGUGUUAAAGGAAGGAGCGGACGUCGCUUCCGAGGUAGCGCAGAGGACCCUGCACAGCGCUCGAGUUGCCAUGGGUUUUGCCACAGUUUCACAAGAAUAA